AUGACACCGAUUCUUCUAUUUUUGGAAAAGUAUGACAACCUUUCAAACACUGCUACCUCCUCUCAAAAUAUUGCCGUCAACUUUCAAGAUACCCUGAGACUGAAGAUACGAGUACUAAUAAAAAAGUUGAAAAUCUAUCGCAAUUACUGCUGGAAUAUUGGUAACUUCUGCCAAAUGAGAAGAAUUUAA